GCAACAUCAGCAUUGGCUGGCUUGCUUGAAGAAGACGCCAUUGCCACAGACGAGAGUAAAAUUAUCGAUAACGCAUGGCGUGGAGCGGAGGUAACCAUCCAAAUAAUCUCAUACGUUCAAUCACCUGGUACUAUGUAUUAGUUUCUACUUUCGCAAGCUAGACCUAAUUUCUUUUUAGAAUUUUACAAAUCGACAUUUGCUGCAGUUUUUCUUGGUGUUAGUUUUGGAUACUCUUUGGAGCUAACUUCUUUCACCCCGUUCUCCCUUUUCCAGGCAUACCACUUCUUUCUUUUAGCACAAAGACAAAUGUACGAGGGAGCUAUUGACGCUGCAAUGAAGACCGUAAGUAAUAAAGGCACAGACUUGCUGUAACAUUUGUUAAACUCAACUUUAGAAACGAGAAGAUAACUGGAGCAGAAAUGUGGUGCCGCAAUUGCUUCUGGGUUCGUCAUUGGGGAUGCUGCUAUUGGCCAAUUUUUUUCCCCUAUCCCUGUUAACAGUCCCAGAAGUCUUUGCGAAGUUAACUCGGCCCAGUCUCCUUGCCGUUUCUAAAGCAGCAAAUUCAACUGCAUUGUCACGUCGUUCACUGUCUUGUGUCGCAAUAGUUUGCAUGCUGAAACUGGAAACCAAAUUAUUUGCUCCUAGGCCUUGCGCUUGUGUGAUUACGAAGACGUGUUGGAUCCAGUUUGUAUUCACUCUCUUUUGGCGCUGGUCAGCUGUGCUAACAGAGCGUUUGGAACCUGCUCAAAGGUAAUGUAUGGAUUGUAACUGAUACAGAUAAACCUACAAAACUCAUCUAUUAUACCGAAACUUCUCUACUACGGAUAAUUCACUUGGUCCUGACGUAACUAACACCCAUGCAGUCCUCGAAUCCAAAAUCGUGAACUUACUCAAAAGGACGGCGAAGAAAAGAAGACGGCAAAACUUCCGACAGAAGCGUUUCAAAAAUUAUGUUUGGAAAUUCCGCCAAACUUCACCUUUCUUAAAACAGAUCUUAUUGUAAAAGUUCAGAACACAGUAAGGUUAAGAUCACGACAAAACUGAAACGUUUAUCACACACAAACGUUUUGCCGUUCUCUUCUAUCUUCCGUCCCAUUGCAUAAGCUAACUAAUACCGUAAUAUGGACUCCUUCAAAAUUGUUAGUUCUGUCUGUUGAUGGUCCUAAGAUCGGAAAUAUUCGAUUCAUUUCAAAUUGUGAAUAGCCAUUAGCUUGAUCCUACUUCUCCAAAGCGUAAUCGGGUGUUGUCCCAAACUCUGUAAAUAGAUAUAGAUUAUCCAGGAAUAUCAUAAACUGUACCUGUUAUGGGGGCAUUUUGUUUUUGUUCAGGCUUUUAUCAAGUUGGAGUCGAUUGAGAGUCUCACACAGGAACAGAAGAAUGCUUAUGAAGAACUUGCUUUGGAAAUAUUCACUAAGUAUGUCUCAUUUAAACCCCUCAGAACUCGAAUGGGUAGUUGUCAGUAUUUUGGGUUCACGGGUGGGGCUGCGCGCUAUAUCGUAAUAAACUCCUUCACGGUGACAACCGUUUUAUAUGGCACACAAUUUACUUCAAACAGUAGACUUGUAACCAUUGCAAAGAAAUCCACUUGGAGUUGAGCCUGCGAUUAGCUGAUAACUAGUAACUUAACAGCGGAUAUCUCCAAGAAAGAUCGUAAACUCGAUGGGUCGACACCUAAGCCCAUGUGAUACUAGUCAGCGGAUAUUCUGUUUUGACAGCCAUCAAUUGAUCACAACCUGGAUGUGCAAUUGGUUGCUUUCCGCUGGACGGACGGACGGUCACGUGACUUCCAAAAUUUCUCGGAUGGAUAUAUAACCAAAUUUCUUAGCCUUUGGGCUCCGCUUUUCGCGCGCGCGUGGAGCUCCGCCAUAAGGUGAACACUUUUCUAAGACAGACAGGCAUGACUGGUCCUAGAAUUGCCCGUGUUACAGAGAAUUGAUUGUAUCUUGUUGUUUGUAGACACUCACCAAAGGAUUCGCGCGGUAACAAGGCAGAGUGCACUAGCUGCGAAACUAUGAUCCCUGAUUGGUAUGUACAUGUAUAAGUGUUGGACAGUUAGGUUGCUGGAUUACUUGCUAUUGGUUUAACAUGAUUACACAACUCAGUAUAUGCUACAUCCUGGUCUUUAAAACAUAUACUUUCAUACUCUGAGGGAGCCCAAUAUUUAUAAGCCCUAUUGGCUCGUUCUGGGCUUCCUCGCCACAUUCAUUUGCUUCUGUGUAAUCCUGUAUUUAUGUGCUUUGUUUUUGUGGUAAAUAAAACUUAACUGAAUGAUAUAUAGCGUAGGCAUGGGUGUUGCAUGCACUUAAAAAUAACACCAGCUAUUUCGGUCUACAUGUGGGCUAUGGUUGGCCUGUGUUUGGCCACUCCUUUUUUUCCCCUAAAAAGAAUUUCGCAAUGCGGUGGCUGUACUCGGGACCGCUAUUUCGGCCCGAUCAUCGAGCCACUUGCAUAUCUAACCUGAACCAGAACUAAGCUAACUUGAAAUUUAAUUGGAAAAAAGUUUUUUAACCUCGUCCUGUACUCUUUCAUCUGAGCUUACAAGGCACCAAGUUCCGGAGCCAAGAUUAAAAACAUAAUUUCCUUGCUGUUUGUUUUAUAAACCUCUUGUCUCUUUGUAUCUUGUGAAUUGUUUGGUAAAAUGGUUGGUCGGAAAUUUGUUUCUUGGUGUGAUUUUUUCGUUUUCGUCUUUCAUAGGAGCCAAGUUUGUCCAAAUUGUGAUACCAAAUUCCCAACAUGCAUUGUGAGUGGUCGUCCGCUGAUGGACUAUCAGUUCUGGAUGUGUGGCACAUGUAAACACCGAGCCUACGAGCAAGAAAUCAGCGCUCUGAACCAUUGCCCACUAUGUCAUGCGCCAGUCUGA